GCAGCUACUGCACGCUUUUCAUUGCUCCUUCCAAAACUGAUAAACCCUCGACAGCAGCAAUUAAAAGCAAACUCGAAAACCCUCAAGAUGAGAUCAAGGCCGAGGGCAUGCGAGAGCUCAUCACAGGGCUGGUGCAGGGCGAGCAGCACGACCGUUUGCUGAUGCCUGUGAUUCGCUACUGCGUUCCUGCUGCUGACAAGUCCGUUAAGAAAUUGGUUUUGCUCUUUUUGGAGGUUUUGGGAAAGUGCGACUCCCGCGGCAAGUUGAAGGAGGAGUUGAUUCUCGUUUGCAACGGGCUGCGGAAUGACCUGAUGUCCCCCAACGAAUUCGUCCGAGGCGCCGCUUUAAAACUAAUUGGAAAAAUCCGAGAGGCGAAAGUUGUGGAGCCUUUAAUUGAAGCCAUCGUCAAAAACCUCACUCACCGCCACAGCUACGUGCGCCGCAACGCGGUGGUUUGCAUCUUCUCUUUAAUUCGCCACUUCGGUUUGGACUUCGUUCCAAAUGCAAUUGAACAAACUGACCAGCUGCUGCUCAUGGAGGGAGACGCGAGCACGCGGCGUGCUGCGUUUUUGCUGCUGCUGCACUACGACACGAAGCGGGCGCUGCUGUACAUCCAGCAGCAGCAGCAGCAGCAGCAGCAAAACGCGCCAGAAGCAGCACUUGUUGCAAUGGGAGAACAAAUGCAGUUGGCAGUUUUGGAACUCUUGAGAAAAGUCAGCAGCAUGAAACUCCAGGCAACUCCGCUGCUGCUGCGGCUGGUGACCUCGCUGCUGCGGGUGGCCCCCCCUGCUGUUGCCUACGAAGGCGCUGCAUGCAUUUUGCUGCUGUCGCCCAACGCGCAGCGGCUGCGAGCAGCAGCAGCAGCGCUGCUGCUGCUGCUGCUGCAGCAAACUGAAAACAACAUUAAACUCAUAGUGCUGGACAAACUCAAAGAGUGUGCUGCUGCUGCUGCUGCAGCAGCAGCAGCAGCCAACAAACAAAACCCUCUCGGAGACUUCGUUGUGGACCUCAUGAGGGGUACCUAA